ACAUCCCUGACGCCAUGGCGCAUACAGCGCUGACAUUCGAAGUGCGCUUCGUGAAUAUCUUCCCAUUCAAGUGCGUGUAGCCUGUCUUUUAGUACAAAGGACUCGUCGUUGCCUUCAUGGCGCAAGCGGCGCUGACGGCUAGUGGUUAGUGGCUAGCGGCUAGCGGGUAGCUGCUCUGAUUAGAGAGCUCGUCCACAAAGUACCGGUCUAGCCGAGGGACGCCGCGCUGCCGUUGUGGACUCUGCAUGGCGCAAGCGGCGCUGACAGCGCUGGACACGUGGACGGCGCGGGAUUGGCGGAAGGAGGAGCGGCAGUGGCGGGAGGAGGUGCGCCGGUGGCGCGCGGAUGACGUGGCGUUCCGCGCGGAGGAGAGGCGAUUUAAAGCGGAAGAGCGCCUGUUCCGCGCUGUGAGACACAGGUGGCGGCAAGAAAUCAUGCAGCAGCGACACCUGGACAACGCGAUGCAGCUGUGGAGCCGCACCAAGGAGUGCAACAGACGGAGCGUUGAAGAGAAGGCGGAGCACAUGCGGGCCAUGGCGUGGCUGGCGGCCAUAGUGGGCGGAUUCACGAUGACAGCUCCUGUGGAGUUCACCUACAGCGACCCCGAUGCCCCCAUGGCCCUGGUCACAGCGUACGCUCUCUGCACUGCACUCGUGCCAUCGUUGAUGAUAGUGGCAGCAAUGAUUGCCGUCUUUGUCUUGGGCGCGGUCCUAAGGAUGGGAAAGCUCUUCGUGCACGAGAGGGAGGAGGAGGAGUUUCUCGCCUCUGCCCGCUGCUUUGCGCUCAACCGAGCGGUUGCCGGCAACAGGACGAUGCACACCGCCCCGCCAGCUGCCCUGAGGAGCUUCGACCGCUUCUGGGACCUCAGGUGCGAAUCAGACUGGCGGUUGACUUUCCGACUCUUCUCAGCCGGGAUCACGUUCUUCUUCCCUUUGCUCUCCACUAUGGCUUUCCUCAAGUUCUACCCCAAUGCGUGGAUCCCCUCCAUCUUCUCCUGCAUCCUCCUCUGGGGCCUCAUCCAAUGGUUCUUCCUCUUGCGAAAGUGGGGCCAGUACCUGACCUCCCCACUCCCCUCCUCCCCCUCUUCCUCCUCACACCCCCCUCCCCACACCUCUGUAGCACCGCACUCAACCCAUGCUUCCCUCCUCAUGCACGCUCCCCGCCCGGCCAUCGCCAACCACCCUAUAGACUGGCACAUACGCCCGUUGCCACUCCUCCCGCCUUCAGGGGACGACCCUGCGUCUUCCCCCACACAUAGUGGCAACUCGAGUGAUUAUGCGGCUGUGUAUUCCGAGCCUUCCCUCGUUGAUGCCUCGAGAUAUUCAUUCGAGCACGUGGAGCGUCAGGGGUAUGGUGGUGAUGAGGAAAUUGGCGCAACAAUUUGGGGGGAGGGUGGAGAAAUUGGGUUGCCUGAUGUGACGGGUGGUCAUCGCCAAUUGGAGCUUAUGCAAGUUUCAGGCUUGUUGGAGGGUGUGGUGAGAGGAGUGGAUUUUGAUGACGGUGAGGAGGAUAUAGAGUUUGUUAGAGCUUAAAAGGUGGUAUAUGAUGCGGGUUUCUAUAUUACAUAUUUGUAGUGAUAAGGGUCUGGUUUGUAGGACAUGUAAAACUUAUCGUGGCUCUUGCGAAGAGGGACUCUAGAACGAGUGUUUGGGAGGCUGGCUCAGAUCUAUUAUUAUCUGACGUGGAUCACACUUGAUGUGU